AUGUAUGGCUGGGAUAUACUUCCAGGUGUAACCAUAACCAAGGGCAACAUUGGCCUAGAUGGGGAAAUGGGCAAUGGUCAGCCAAAACUGAACUGCGUCAACUGCGAAGGUUGUCGUGACUUCGGCGAGGAGUCAAGCGAUCUGUGCUGUGGUUGUGUUAAUAUGCAACAGAAGUGGGGGUUUUCAGACAUUCCACCUUGUCCUGAUUGCGAUAGCCUCGGCGAGUUCCCAGAUUGGCGGACCAAUGUCAACAGGUACCUGGGCACCCUGAAGGUAAACCAUGCUCGAGGUGAAGACGAAGAAAACCAUGAUACGGAGGCCCUGCCCAUACCCGCGUACCCUGCACACAAGUUGCAUCGUCGAAAGUUUGGAUCGGCUACCAUGUUUACCAAGGAAGUAAGUGUGUGUCCUGAUACCACCAACGACAAGGAGGGACUUCGAUCCCCUUACCAGUACCCAGCAUUCCCUGGUGACCCCCUCAAUCCCUGGGAGGGGAUUCAGAAAGGGAAAUGGGAUUCCGUCUCUCGAUAUUGGGGAAAUACCUCCCAUUUCUGCCACUGGUGGGGAGUUAAAGGUUUAUCUAAUGCCGACAAAGUUUGGGCGAAGGAUAAGGUUACAGGCGUCGUUGCACAGGUCCGAGCCGAUUACCAGACUGAGCACGUAUUCGAGGGCCAGGUGAUCGGAGACUUCUUUAAUUACUGGCUUGAUAAAGGUCGCGUUCGCAACCAGGAACCCAUGCCUACAAACCCGCAGCCUAAAGUCCCCUGUAGUUGGACACGCGAAUGGGUCAGGAACAAAAAGACCAACCCGAACUGGAAGAUCAAAGUAGCCCAAAGACCCAAGAUAAGACUCGCUUCUUUUGCAGAAGUAUUACUUUCAGAGCUGGGUAGCGCAUCGCAUCUUGACAGAUUGACUGUUUUCCUAGCCAGGCCCAAUCGGAAGAAAGGAAAUAUGUUCACCGGAGUUCAUCCCACUGAUCCUGACAAAUACGACGGCAUGUCGUCCGAUGAGCAACUCCAAUCGGUCAAAGAUAUCGGACUGGUUUUCAAUUAUCUUAACAACCAAGAAGUAUGGGAUAAGUACUGCGCCGUCUACGAAGCCAUCUAUGACCAUAUGGGUGAUUUCGACACCUGGUACGCGACCAACGGUGCUGGCGUCACGAUCCCCAAUCUUCAGAAAGAAUGGAAAGACUACAACCGCAUACUUCUAGACUCGAUUGUUCGACGAAUGAGAAUACUGAUGGAACAUUUCUGGAAUAACAAAGAGUAA